GGGCAGCAGGUCAAAUCGGACCGUCUCCUUCCCAGGCCGCUAGCUGUGCCGUGCCCCGUCGGCAUGUCCCGCCGCGUGCGCGACCGUUGCUUGGAGCUGGAGCGCGCCAUCGCUGCUCGCUUCCGCUCGGGAAGCCUUGGCCUCGACGACGCCAUCAAGCUAUUCGACGAAUUGCUCCCGAUCGCCAGGGCCGCCUCAGUUCGUGCCUUCAACCAGCUCCUCACAGUCGUCUCUCGCGCCCAGGGAAGGGGAUCCUCAACCUCUACGCUCAUCGUCUCCCUCUUCAAACGGAUGGUCCGUGCCUCCCCAAAUAAGGUAGCUGUAGCUCCCGACCGAUCGACCUACAGCAUCAUCAUCUGCAGCUUCUGUAGCAUGGGCUGCCUUGAGCUCAGUUUCGCCGCCUUUGGUCUCGUCAUUAAGACGGGUUUUAGGGUGAAUGCCAGAGUCAUCAGUUCACUUCUCAAAGGUCUCUGUGAUGCAAAGCGGGUGGGUGAGGCCAUGGAGAUAUUGAGCCGACGAAUGGCCGAGUUUGGCUGUAUGCCAAAUGUAUUUUCAUACAGCAUAAUUCUGAAGGGUUUAUGCGAUGAAGGGAGAGCUGAGGAGGCACUUGAGCUGCUCCACAUGAUGGCAGAUGAUGGAGGUCGUACCUGCCCACCAGAUGUUGUGUCGUACACCACCAUCAUCAAUGGCUUGUUUAGAGAUGGCCAUGUGGACAGAGCUUACAGCCUAUUUCGUGAAAUGAAUGACCAGGGAUUUUUGCCGACUGUUGUGACCUACAUCAGAGUCAUUGAUGGCUUGUGCAAAGCUCAAGCAGUUGACAGAGCCGAGGGUGUCCUUCAGCAGAUGAUUCAUAAAGGUGUCAAGCCAGAUAUUCAAACAUAUACUUGUCUAAUCUAUGGAUAUUGCUCUUCAGGACAGGGGAAAGAGGUGGUUCGAAUGCUCAGAGAAAUGUCCGCAUAUGGUCUUCAGCCAAAUGUUGUCACUUAUAGUUUGCUGCUUGAUUACCUUUGCAAGAGUGGAAGAAGCACAGAGGCUAGAAAGAUUUUUGAUUCUAUGAUUGAAAAGGGCAUAAAACCUAAUGUAACUACAUAUAACACUCUGCUUAAUGGGUAUGCUACCAAAGGAGCUCUUUCUGAUAUGCAUGGUCUCUUGGAUUUGAUGGCAGGAAAUGAUAUUUCACCUGACCAUCAUACCUUUAACAUUGUUCUCUGUGCAUAUGGUAAAUGUGGUAUGAUUGAUGAGGCAAUGCAUAUAUUUGACCAAAUGAGGCAGCAAGGGUUGAAUCCUAAUGAAGUCACCUAUGCAGCAAUAAUAGAUGCACUUUGCAAGUUGGGAAGAGUGGAUGAGGCUAUGCUUAAAUUCAAUCAGAUGAUCCAUGAAGCGGUGACUCCUAAUAUCGUUGUUUUUAACUCACUAGUUUAUGGACUGUGCACUGUUGGCAAAUGGGAGAAGGCUGAGGAAUUAUUUUCUGAAAUGCUGAAUCAGGAUGUGCGUCCCAAUUCCAUGUUCUUCAACACAAUAAUGUGUAAUCUUUGCAGAGAAGGACGGGUCACAGAAGCCCAGAGUCUCCUUGACUUGAUGGUGCGUGUAGGUGUGAGACCUGAUGUUAUCUCGUAUAAUACAUUAAUUGAUGGCUACUGCUUAGCUGGUAGGAUGAAGGAAGCUAUGAAGUUGCUUGAUGAUAUGGUCCGAGUUGGCUUGAAACCAGAUGGCUUUUCUUAUAAUACUUUGCUUCAUGGCUAUAGUAGAGCUGGCAGGAUAGAUGAUGCGGUUAGACUAUUCAGAGAAAUGUUAAGCAAUGAAGUUAGGCCUAAUAUUGUCACUUAUAACACGGUACUUCAUGGUUUAUUUCGGUCUGGGAAGUUUCCUGAAGCAAAAGAACUCUAUCUCAAUAUGAUCAAAAGUGGAAUGCAGCUGAACAUUUACACGUACAACAUAAUUCUGAAUGGUCUUUGCAAAAAUAAUUGUGUUGAUGAGGCAUUUAAAAUAUUUAAGAGUCUAUGUUCUAAGGAUUUUCAACUUGGCAUCAUUACCUUCAGCAUUAUGAUUGAAGCUUUGUUCAAAACUGGCAGAAAGGAAGGCGCUAUGGAUAUGUUCGCUGCUAUCUCUGCCCAUGGUUUAGUUCCGGAUAUUAGGAUCUAUCACUUAAUGAUACAAAAUCUCAUAAAAGAAGGGAUGCUAGAUGAGUCUGACAAUCUGUUUUUAGCAAUGGAAAAGAGUGGAUGCACUCCAGACUCAUAUAUGCUAAAUUCUCUUGUUAGGAGGCUGUUGCAUAGAGGUGAGAUAAUGAGGGCUGGGGUUUACCUCUCCAAAAUCGAUGAGAUGAACUUCUCACUUGAGGCAGCCACUACUUCCUUGCUAAUAUCAGUUUUUUCGAGGGAGGAACAUCAGCACCAUGCAAAAUCCCUGCCUGAAAAGUAUCAUUUUCUUAAGGGGGUCAAUAAAUGAGUCUUUUGUAAAUGAAUCAAAUUGUUAGCAGUGCAGAUACAUCUAAAUGAGACAUGUUAAUUUGGUGAA